GAGAGCGAAGAAGCGUAACAGCACAGACGGGAGAGAGCGCGAGAGACAAAGAAGAGUCGCACACAACGGAACAGUUUGGAUACUUGUUGCACUUUUCUUUUUUCUUUUUUUUAAACGACAGGAUGGACAUUCAUGCACUUGCGCGCGAAUGGCCCGUGAACACACCACCGACGUAAGGUUUGGAAGGGGAGAAUUUUUGCGGGAGCGCGUGUACUCAUGUACUCUGCCGAUGCACCCACGCAGUGGUGACUUCAUGACGUGUUUUCGGGGACUCUGCAAGGUAUUUUUGUCCUCUUUAUAGCCUGGGAGGUUUGAUAAUGUGCUACAGGAGGAAGGGUUCAAGUUAACCCACAAGCAUGAGAUGUUGGUGCAGCGCCCUGGCACUGCUCCAGUGGGUGCUGGUGGCCUUGGAUGCACAGAUCAUCUGCUGGCAGGCCAUACUGCGCUGCCACGCCGAGCCUGAGUGUGACCUGGCUUACGGCCAGUACUUGGCUGCCUGCGAGGGAAACCUGCGGGGCACGAGGCGCCAGUGUCCCAGCCACUGCAUCAACGCGCUGAUCCGCCUCAACCACACCCGCAGCGGGCCGGACCUGGAGAGAUGCGAGUGCGCCCAGGACAUCGAAUGCCUGGGGGCCAAGCACGCCAUCGAGCCGUGUCUACCGCGCCCGUACCCGGACGACGGAGGCGGGGGGAUCGGCUGCAUGGAGGCCCGGCAACGUUGUGACGAGGACAGCCACUGCCACGCCUCCCUGGCCGCCUAUCUGUCCUACUGCGGACAGCUCUUCAAUGGACGCAAGUGCUCGGCCAAGUGCAAGGCCACUAUCCAGCAGAUGCUCUACAUCCCUGAUGGGGCCCUGCUCAACCGUUGCGUUUGCGACGGUGUGGAGAGGCCCUUCUGCGAAGUGGUCAAGGAGAACAUGAGCAAGCUCUGUUCCAUGGGGGACCACCACGGCGUCAUCUCAGACCAGCCGGAAGUGGACGACGCUUACGAGGACGAGGACUAUGACGCUAGACAGGAGAGGGACGACGUCUACAGCGACCGUUCUGCGGCUUCCCGGAAGUUGUCCACAUUCGGGACGCUUCUGUUUCUCCCUCUGGGAUAUGUUUGGUUAUAAAACAGUUGGAUUUAUUCCAGGAUGCAUCGGGAGAGACAUCAGCUCCUGGACCUGCUCUAGGGGACCUUGAAGCCAAGUCAGCUGGAUGAGGGGAUGCUGGUUUUCGCCCUUGGCAACAGUUUGGAUUAUUCGAGAUUGUCCUUAAAACUAAGGUUGUUUUAUCCCUGGGCUUUGCUGUCUAAACUACAGUAUUGGAAAUUCCUUAAAACCAAGGUUGACUGGAAGGCAAAUGGUUUUUUGGAUUGAAAAAAAUCCCAAAAACACAUCCUCAAAUGGAUUGAGGAUGUGUGACAUCUCUAUUGGCGGGUCCAACCGUCCUCUCCACCUUGAUAUGGUGUAGAAACCUAGAAAGCUUCAAGAACUGCCAGAGGACCUCUCGCUUGUUGAGGACAUUGACUUCUUUACAGUACGGUGACAUCUCAGUUGAAAGGGAUCGUAACUGAAAAAAAUGGCAUAAGAACAGGACUUUAGUGCCUUUGCAGUCUGGCGAUGUCUUGAAAGGACCAACCUUCCUCUCAAGCAGUAUGCCGCAGAAACCUUAAAGAAAAACUCAAGUUUGUUGACUUCUGCAUUGGAAGGAACAAGCCUCUUCGACACCAGCAUAUGGCACAGAAACACGGAAACCUUCAAGACCCGCCGUUUUGUACUUCUUCAUGGUUUCAGAAUUUGACCUAUUUGCAUUUGGGGGGUGGCGGCUCUGGGGCGGGGGGUCCAAACUUUCCCUACAACAAUAUGCUGCAAAAAUCUUCAAAACCCCUUACUUUGUACUUCUCAAUGGUCCAUAAAUGUUUGACUUCUACAUUAGAAAUACGUCUUCUACACCAGAAUAUACUGCAGAAUCCUUCAUGAAACACCACUUUUGACUUUAGGUCCCUGGUAGAGGAAAUUUUACUUCUUCUCAGUCUGGUGGUGUCUCCAUUAGGGGCCCAAACAUUGCCUACAGCAGACUAUCCCAUAAAAAUCUAGACACAUUGAAGAACUGCAAACCAGACUUCAAACAUUUGCAUCUCAAGGACAGGAGACAUACUUUUGAGAACAAAACUAUUCAAAUUUUGAUUGGAUUCUGGUUUAGGACUACAUCUAGACUAUGUGUCCAGCGUCUUCUCACAAGAGACUCAUAUUUCUUGUAUUGUAUUAGGGCUGGACACUUACCAGACUGGAACAACUUAAGAACUCCUCAACCAGCUCCCCAUCAUAUGGACGUGGAUUAAUGGAUCAGCGCCAUCCAAACGCCUUUUUCCAACCAAUGAAGAUCACCGUGACCGGUAUGGAUUACAAUGAAUUUUGUGGAUUGAUUAUGACCUUGAAGACUUGCAGAGCCAUCACCUGGAACUCCUUGCCAUGGUAAAUCUGUCGGCUGACCUUCCUUACUCCUUUUUCCAGGCUAAAAUAAGUCACCGGGCAUCGUCUACUCGCGUGCGGCUCUCGUUUGUUUGCUCUUGGUGUCAAUGCUACUUGGAGUGUCGCUUUAUUAAGACCUUAAACAAACACUGGGGCUCUUCUAGUCCUGGUCUGUUUACUCUCCUACUUUUGUCGCGGUAACCACACUUCAAAUAUUUGCUGGGGACAGGAUCAAGUACUUAAAUGAACUGAAGCACCACACUCCCCACAACUUUUGUGCAGGAACUCCCCGGCCCCUUCCUCCCCUGCUCACCCUACCUUCACAUUGUUUUACAGCGCUUUUCCUCUAAGAACCCCCCCCCCCCCCCCGCCCCCCAACCUUUCCUCCCCCUGACUUCACGCCUUUAAAUGAAACCCCAUUUUAUAACUGCUAACUCUCGUAUGUUUGCACUAUGCAGGUUUGUUUCUUUACCUUUGUUGCCUCUGGCCUGAGCAUUAGGUUAACCUGCACAGAAACAACACAGUAGAUGUAUCUGAAUGCCGUAUAAAAGUUAUAUCCAUAAAGAUAAUGACAAAUCGUCGUAGAGAACCACAAUGUACCCCAAAAGGUAUUCUCCCAUUGUUCUAAGAUAUUAUGUAUGGAUAUGAACCUUGCAAGUUGUUCCAACAUUGAAUUUAUGAGCAGGGGAAAUGCCAUAAUAUUGAAAAAAAUGCCAUAAUGUUGAAAAAAAAUGCCAUUUUUGGCCCAUGUGUAUAUAACAAAAUGUGAUGGGGAAAAUCAGCCACAUUUCUGUAUCAUAUGCUAACAUUACAGCUCAUAAUGAAAUAGGUUCAUUAGAUGUGUGACUUUUUCAUACAUUAUUCACAUCCUGGAAGAUGUGUGCUCUAUGAACAUAUCUGUUGGAUUAUACAAGUCUCAAUGUUAGACACUUGAAUUUUGAAUGCUUCAAGUAGACUUUUGAUAACAGUAUUUACUGGGAGUCCUAUAGGAUUCUACUGUACACGCCACAGCCAUCUGAUAUAACAGCGUUUAGAGUUUGUUAACAUGCAACAUGCUGAAAAAUGGUCAGAUUGUAGGUAAAAAUAGUCAUGCAUCCACUUGAAAUUGUGCCACCAUGAAUUUUAUGUUUCUUGAAAAGGACCUUUGAUAAAUGUUAAAUUAUGAAACCAGAAUAUGAAGAAUAAUAUACAUAUUUGACAGUAUUGUUUAAUUAUAUGACGUGAAAUAAAGAAGUGCAGCUCGGAA